GUGAAGCUGGGAGGAGAAGGCGGCGGAAGGUGGGGAUUGAUGCUUCUGUUUUUUGUUGCCGCUGCUGCCCUCGCGCUGGGAGGCGAGCCGGAGGGAAGGCGGUGGAGAGAUGAUUGCAGAGUUGGUGAGCAGCGCGCUGGGGCUCGCCUUGUAUCUCAACACCCUGAGUGCGGAUUUCUGCUACGAUGACAGCCGUGCUAUCAAGACUAAUCAGGACCUUCUCCCAGAAACUCCAUGGACUCAAAUUUUCUACAAUGAUUUUUGGGGGACUCUUCUAACCCACAGUGGCAGCCACAAGUCGUACCGGCCACUCUGCACCCUGUCCUUUCGUCUGAACCAUGCCAUUGGAGGGUUGAACCCCUGGAGCUACCAUCUUGUCAAUGUGCUGUUGCAUGCGGCUGUCACAGGCCUCUUCACGAGCUUCUCCAAGAUCCUCCUUGGUGAUGGAUACUGGACCUUCAUGGCUGGCUUGAUGUUCGCCUCGCACCCCAUUCACACAGAGGCAGUGGCAGGAAUCGUGGGACGGGCCGAUGUGGGGGCCAGUCUGUUCUUUCUCCUCUCCUUGCUGUGCUACAUUAAACACUGUUCGACAAGAGGCUACUCCGCCAGGACCUGGGGCUGGUUCCUGGGGACAGGACUGUGUGCAGGAUGCAGCAUGUUGUGGAAGGAACAAGGAGUGACUGUUCUGGCCGUCUCAGCGGUUUAUGAUGUCUUUGUCUUUCACAGGCUGAAAAUGAAACAGAUCUUGCCUACCAUUUACAAAAGGAAGAACUUGUCUCUUUUCCUCAGCAUUAGCUUGUUAACGUUUUGGGGGAGCUCCCUGUUGGGUGCCCGGCUAUACUGGAUGGGAAACAAACCACCGAGCUUUUCCAACUCGGACAACCCUGCCGCGGAUUCCGAGAGCCUCCUGGCUCGCACGCUUACCUUCUUCUACUUGCCAACCAAGAAUCUCUGGUUGUUGCUGUGUCCGGAUACCCUCAGCUUUGAUUGGUCGAUGGAUGCUGUGCCUCUGCUCAAAACAACUUGUGAUUGGAGAAACCUACACACAGUGGCCUUCUAUACCGGACUCCUCAUCCUGGCCUACUAUGGAUUGAAGAGCCCAAGCGUGGAAAGAGAAUGCAAUGGGAAAGCCGUAACAAAUGGCAGGCAGAAUGCAAAUGGGCAUAGCUGCCAUUCAGACACGGAGUACCGGAACUCAGAGCUUAAGCCCAGCUUUGCAUCCAAAGUAGAAAAUGGCAUUAAAAAUAAUGCAUCUCAGAGAACACAACUUCCUUCCACGGAGAACAUUGUUGUCCUGUCUUUAUCUUUGUUAAUAAUACCCUUUGUUCCUGCCACGAACUUGUUUUUCUAUGUCGGCUUUGUAAUUGCAGAGCGAGUAUUAUAUAUUCCUAGUAUGGGCUUCUGCCUCCUGAUUACAGUGGGUGCCAGAGCCCUUUAUGUCAAAGUCCAAAAGCGGUUUCUCAAGAGCUUGAUUUUUUAUGCAACGGCUAUGUUAAUUGUGUUCUAUGGACUCAAGACUGCGAUCAGGAAUGGAGACUGGCAGAACGAGGAAAUGCUGUAUAGGUCAGGGAUAAAAGUCAACCCAGCUAAAGCAUGGGGUAACCUUGGAAAUGUUCUGAAGAGUCAGAGCAAAAUUUCUGAAGCUGAAAGCGCCUAUAGAAAUGCUUUGUACUACCGCAGCAACAUGGCUGACAUGCUUUAUAAUUUAGGGUUACUACUACAGGAGAACAGCAGAUUUGCAGAAGCCCUGCAUUAUUACAAAUUGGCCAUUGGGAGCAGGCCCACCCUGGCUUCUGCCUAUUUAAACACGGGCAUUAUUCUAAUGAACCAAGGAAAGACAGAAGAAGCCCGGCGCACCUUCCUCAAGUGUUCUGAGAUCCCAGACGAAAACCUGAAGGACCCCCAUGCACACAAGAGCUCUGUGACCAGCUGUCUGUACAACCUGGGCAAGCUCUAUCACGAGCAGGGACGCUAUGAGGAGGCCCUGAGUGUAUACAAGGAAGCUAUUCAGAAAAUGCCAAGACAGUUUGCCCCUCAGAGCUUAUACAACAUGAUGGGUGAAGCAUACAUGCGACUUAGCAAGCUCCCCGAAGCAGAGCAUUGGUACAUGGAGUCCCUGAGGUCCAAGACUGACCACAUCCCCGCACAUCUGACUUAUGGCAAACUGCUGGCUCUAACAGGUCGUAAGAGUGAGGCUGAAAAGUUCUUCUUGAAGGCUAUUGAGCUGGAUCCCACCAAAGGAAACUGCUACAUGCAUUAUGGUCAGUUUCUUCUGGAAGAAGCCCGCCUUGUAGAAGCUGCGGAGAUGGCAAAAAAAGCAGCGGAACUGGAUAGUACAGAGUUUGAUGUUGUCUUCAAUGCUGCUCAUAUGCUCAGACAGGCUAGCCUCAAUGAAGCGGCUGAAAAGUACUAUGAUCUGGCAGCCAGACUGAGGCCUAACUAUCCGGCUGCGUUGAUGAACCUGGGAGCCAUUCUGCACCUCAACGGUAGGCUCCAGAAGGCAGAAGCCAACUACCUUCGCGCCCUGCAGCUGAAGCCUGAUGACGUCAUCACGCAGUCCAAUCUGCGGAAACUGUGGAACAUCAUGGAAAAGCAAGGCUUAAAGACCUCCAAGACCUGACACGGGAGGACAGAACCUCGUCCUCCUCCAGUUGACCAAGCAGACUUCAUUGCCGGACAGGACUUCCCAGCAGUGCUAUGACAGGAGCAGGGCAGAGGUCACUGAGGUCACUGCCACUGCUGGGGGAUCCACCUUGUUUUUGGCAUGGCCAUGAACACCAAAAAGGGGAACAUAGGAAACCUCCUGGAGGAUGGAAUUGUUACCCAUAGACUGUAAACCAGAGCACUUAAAACAGGGAUCUUUGGGGAUUCUUACAAGGGGAGGGUGUCUAAAUAGACUUCAUUCAUUUUGGAAAGCUAAUUUCAAAAUUAUAGUAUUCCUUAAACACUGUGAGAGGAAGUCAGAGUGUGUGUUCAGCCACGGUAAACUAUCAGAGGUUAAGUGCUAAUAGGGAGUGACGUAAGCGUAGUGUGAAAUCCCAGUGAGCCGCUGGUUGUCCUAACGCUGCUGUCUUACCCCUUUGGGACAGCCUGCUUAGCAGUUUCUGGAGCCCAAGUGUGCAGUUGUUCCUCAGCUAGUGCUCACAGCAUCUUAAUGAUGUGGAUGGCACUGGCUUUCCUUUGAACAUCACUUGCUUUUCAUGUUCUGAAAAGGACUUGGACAAGAGUGCUGGGGAGGCCUGAUGUGUGUCAGGCAGGCGUUCUUGACUUUAAUGCUGUCAGUAUGUCCCCCUAAAUGCCUAGCAGAAUUCAUUGUGUUAAGUGUUUGGAAAGUACCUUUCAAAAUGAUUAUUCCUGGUUAAUGUGUGUACGUACAUGAGGAUAAAGGAAAGGGACAUUCACAAGUGUUCUAGUUCCAAUCACCAACAGCUUUUAGACAAAUGUGUGCUUCCCAGAUGUUGCUGGUUAAAAAGUCAAAUCUAAACAAAGGAGUGUGUGAGGAUGGGUGCCAAUUUGUGUUUGGAAAAUGCUAAUCACUUUCUCCUAGGUAGCAAAACAGCGAUGCUGAUAAAUUUUGAAGGAAUGAUAUUUAUCUUACUGUGCUCGUCCCAAAAGACAUGCAAAAUGAGUCAUUUUAAGCUGCAAUAGAGUGUCACAUUAGCCUGCGUGUGUCAGGUCUCCUGCCACGUGCUUUUCUCAGUGCAAAGCAUUUUUCACCUGCAAAGCUGGGGUUUUAUUUCGUUUCCUGUUAGUAACCCCUUCAAUGGUCAUUGCACGAGUAAAACAGCGUACAUGAAGGAGAGAAAGACAUUUACUGAGCACGUUUUGGCUUGUAGUCAAACUUUGUGACUAAAAAUUAACUUCAUAAAACAGUCCAUUAUCAGCUUCUUUGUAGAGAAAGUAGCUAUACUGUAUCUUACAUAUUUAUUUAUUAUUUAUUAUUCUACCAUAGCAGAGUAACGAAAACCUUGAUACAUUAAGCCGGUUCUUUGAAACUGAAAAUGAGCUUUUCUCCUACUUAUUCACACUCCAUGUACAUAUGAUUAGCGUUUCCAUUAAAAGGAAGCUGGACGUACAAAUACAUCAUACUAUGUGUUCUCCAUAUUUUAUGUGUUUGUUAUGUAUCUGCAUACAGUGGGAUAAAGAAGUUAAAGUAGUGUUCCUAUGGCAUUAGUGUUGUUGUGAGAAGGGCAAAUGUAGUAACAGAGAUUUUUUUUUGAUGACAUUAAUAAGGAGGCCCUCUUAUAAUAUGUACAUUCUUUUGUAAGCCUUUCAUUGCAGGGCCAGAAGUUAAAUUAUGACUUAAUCACUGUGUUUGCAGAAUAUUUAACGUUUAACAACAAACCAUUGUCAAACCAAAAUAGUGGCUUGAAGUAUAUUUUCAUCUUCUAGUACAUUGGCAACUGCAAAAGCGGGGAGGGGAGGGUGUUAAUAUAAGGCUAUAAAGAUAAAUUCAAUGUCUAACAUUUUUAUUUAUUUAAAUAGUUUUUGACUUAUAAUGACUCCCUCGUUUUAACAUUUUAUGUCUUUUUAUUGUUAUUGUUUCCAGCACUUGGUUCUUAGUAGGUUCACUGAAUGCACAGUAGAGGCACUUCAUGUUGGCCCAGUUCCCAAGUAGCAUUAAUAAUUGGGCCUGUGUCACCAAAUACAUGGAUUUUAAUAACUAAAUAUCCCUGACACUUCACUACAGGGCUGGACUUAGUAACUGACCAACUCGGGGGGAGGGGGGAGUAAGGGAGGGCGUUAGAACAUGAUCAAAAAUGUCUCCGCUCAGGGAUUUAUGGUGGAUUAUUGCAGACAGUGCUAAAAAUAUAGAGCACAAGACAAGUUUACUAAAUUAAAAUUUUAUUUUUUGAGAAACUGUUAUUUGUAUAAAUUAUCAAGAUUUGUAGGCUUUCCUUUUGUAGAAAUAAUUGUUUUAUG